AUGGAUGAAUUAGUAAUCUAAACUGUUUUACCCUACAGUCUUGGUGAUGUAGAAAAUUGGGUCGAAGUUUUAAAAAAUCAAACACUUUUGGGAUAUAAUGGCUUCCAUUUUCCACCUAUUUAAUAAUUAGGAGCUAGUGGAUCUUAUUAUUCUAUAAAUGAAUAAUUAUAAGUUAAUAUUGAAAUAUUUAAAUAAUAUGCUAACAUGGAGGAUGGAGGAUUUUAAAAAAUGAAAGAAAUAGUAAAUACAAUGGAAAAGGAACAUAAUGCAAUAUGUAUUGUAGAUAUUUUACUUAAUCACACUUCUUUUGAUAGUGAGUGGCUACUUUAGGUUGAAAAUGGAGUUUAUAAUGUUGAAAAUACUCCUAGCUUGUAAUCUGCUUUAGAUUUAGAUCUUGCAAUUAAGGCUUUUAGUGAGAACUUGGCUGCAGGAAAUGAGAAAGAAUACUAUAAUGGAAGCAAUAGAGUAGAAAAUGAAGAAAUGGUGGAUUGCUUAAUGAAUAUAAUGAAAAAAAAAUAUUCUAUGCCUUGA